AUGUCGAUUGUUCCAUACAAUUCGAAUGGCAGCGUUCUCUACCAUAACCCAGGUGAAGGAGUUUUAGUUCUCUACAAUUCACUGGAAAACUCCAUACAGUUGUUAAACACGUCUCAACUUGAAAUUGGUCAAAGCCGAAUCAGCCUGACAAGAGGGUUUACCAAUUUAACUCAGCCUCUCGAGACUUCUAGAUUCAAUGAAUCUUCUACGUACCUGGGGACUGAGAGAAGAAGGAUAGAGUGUCCCAAUUGUGGAUUCAGAUGGAGUGAAUACGAAAAGAAAGGGCCACAAAGAGGACAUAGGAAGAGCAACGAUAAUGGAUCUACUAAUAUACAUCCACUAUUUGAUCGUGCACUUGAUGGGUCAAGUGUGGGUGUAGGUGGAGAUGCCGAAAGCAAAGUGAGAACAAGCGCACAGGCCAGAACAGGAGUAAGCUCGAGACACAGGACAAGAUCAGGGAGGCAAGUUGGAGAAGGGGUAAGGCUGGGAGCAGUAUUAGAGCCGAUACCAGGCGCAGAUGUAGGUGCAGAUGUAGGUCCAGCUGCAAAAACAGAAACAGGAUUAAACAAUGCUCUACCCACUACCUUUAUGCAUCAGGAUUACUUUAAACUUUUAGCAUUAUUACCGCAUUCCAAGGGUGCUUUUUCUUCCUCCCCAUCACCAUCAUCCUCCACCUCCGCCUCCUCUUCUUCUUCAUCAUCACCACCACAACCACAAUCACCACCUGCAUCUGCAUCUGCAUCUAGAUAUUUUUCUUCUGCACCACGAAAUAAUCCACUAAAUGAGCACUCUCAGGAAAUACCAGAGGGCGUGUUCAACCAAGGUUAUUUCAACCGUUUCUUUAAAAAAGUACCACCGUUUGUUCUUGGUUCGGGUGCACAUGCUCAAGUUUAUAAAGUAGAACAUGUCUUACACAAUAUUGUACUAGGCACCUACGCCAUCAAGCGAAUAAGCGUAGGUGAUAAAUAUGAAUACCUAGAACAAGUUCUUAAUGAAGUCCUUAUACUUUACGAGCUAUCUUCAAUGGGAGCGAACGAAAAUAAUUUGAUUCGCUAUAACCAUGUUUGGUUGGAAAUGGGAGAGCUUGAGGACCUGUCUAGCUUUUUCCUUCCUUCAAAUGGCUACAAAUCUAAAUCAUCACGUGUGCCCUAUAUGUACUUGCUACAGCAAUAUUGCGAUGGUGGUCAUCUUGAAGAAUUGAUUGCUAAAAACUUUGCCACAGAGAAGUUUUUGAGCUAUAGCGAGAGGGUUCUACUCGAGAAGGAAAAGAGGCGAAUGAAAAAGUUGGGUAUUGAACCAAUUACAAAGAAAACAUGGUUGAGCAAUUUUGAAAUAUGGAAGUUUUUCAACGAUGUGACAACUGGAGUAUCGUACUUGCACAAACAUGGUAUCCUUCACCGUGACCUUAAGCCUUCUAAUUGUUUGAUGGAUGUCAAGUAUCAAAGUGAGAUUACAUUUCCAGACCAGUUUGAUAGCGUGGAAGAAUUUGAAGAACGAGUGUUUGAUCUUCCAAAAGUUUUGGUUUCCGAUUUUGGAGAAGGAAAAUUUCUAGAUAAACAUAAAAGUGUUGGGAAACAAAAUAAGUCAAAAAGGCAAGGAAAUACUGGAACUUUGGAGUAUACUGCUCCGGAGUUGUGGUUACACUCAGAUGCUAUUGGAAGUGAUUCCGAGAGAGGUUAUAUUUAUGAUUUUACUUUUGAAAGUGAUGUGUACUCCUUGGGACUAAUAUUGUGUUUUUUAUGCAUUGGCGAGUUACCGUUCUCAGAACAGGUUAAAAACGAGACUGAUCCUGAGAAUGCUCGUGAUAUAAUUUCUGCUUGGUACAAGGAGUUAACACUGUCUUCUUUCAAUGAAUGGUUUGACUCCAACGUGAUUGCGAUUCGAGGCUCCCUAGACGAAGUUAUGAUGCAAUUUCGAGAUUUAUGCUUUGAAAUGAUAAAGUGUAGAUAUAAAGACAAAGAUUUUACUCAGAACCAAAACCAAAACCAGAGUGAAAGUCAAAGGCAAGAUCAAGAUCAACUUGAUCGAAGGUAUGAGGCAAAAGAUGUAUUGCUAAUCAUGAAUGACAUUAAGCGGAACUUUUUUAUAAAAUCAAAAGCAUCUUUACCAAAAGGAAAAACAACAGCUCCUAUUUCAGUUCCUAUUUCAACACCAACUCCAGCUCAAACAUCAACAGCAUCAACUCCCAUCAGCACUACUAUGACCACAAGUUACAAAGACUGUGGACAAAAAGUGUCAAAUCCCAACCAACUGUCGGGAAAUGCUAGUUCUACUAUUCAGCUAUUCGAGGAAAAAUAUCGUUUAGAUCAUAGCUCCAGCACAAUUUUAAACGAAGUAGAAGACGGUGAGGGCGAAGAAGACGAUAAUGAAUCAAUAGGUAGUGACAUUUUAGAUGGUCACCUUAAUCUUACUGAAGAAGAAGAUUACCCAAUAAAUAAAACAGAUGACAAUUUUGACCGAGGUCGCGAUCACGAUCACGAUCACGAUCACGAUCACGAUUACUAUCUCUAUCGCGAUCAAUACUUGAUAUCAAAUGGGAAAAAACAGGCGCAUGGUAUUAUCGGAAUCAAAACAUUACCAAUAUACUGCUUUGAACUAUUGGUUCUCGAAUUCUUGUCUGUAUACCGGCCUCGUCUCUCACAAGUCAUCUUGAGGGCCGCAAUUUACGCAGCUAUUGGCAUCGAUUUGGCAAUGGAAGAGUUGAGAUUUGUAAAGACCACAUUCUUUAUUUCCAUUACAGUUUGUUUAUCCAUUUUGUUGGGUUACGCUAUUGGUGAUAAAAUAAACGAGAUGUCGAUUUAG